AUGACUUCAGAAGUCGAACAUGACAAGCCACUUCCAGAGUCCAUUGAUGAGGAAGCUCCCUUACCAUCAGGUGAACAACCGGAACAGGGACGGAAAACACUGCAAGGUAGUGAUAACUCGGACCCCAAGGAGCAGGACGAUAGAGACAUCGAAGACAGAGAUGUUUUGCGAGGCCUCCACAUCGCCAUAUCGGCUGCUUGUGAUGAAGAGGUCGACGCAUGGAUCCGACAAAAGACGGGUGUGCGUAUUCGGCGAUUUUUGGCAGACUUGAAGGCUUUUGAAACGCUGGGCGAAGAGGAUCAACCGGAUCCAGCCAAGGAGCGUGCGAGGAACAGGAGAGCCGACUCGAGGAAACUCAAGGCACAGAUUCGACAAUCUAAAGCUGCCAGGGAAGCGAGAGCAGCAGCACAGUGA